AUGGAUCCGGGAGAUCCUACUUCGAUACUUUUCACAAAGAUCAGAACUUUAGAACCAGAUUUCGCCUCGAAAAUCAUCGGUUACUUGCUUUUACAGGACUUGGGUAAUAGAGAUUUGAUGCGUUUGGCUCUUGGUCCAGAGACUCUCUUACAGUCCGUUUGUCUGAAAGCUAAAUCCGCUCUGGGUCUUGGAUCUUCUUCUGCUUCGAACCCUCUCUCCGGACCCAUUAACAUCCACCGUCAUUCUCCGAGGGGAAAUGGGUUUUCGAGAAACCCUUUGUCUCCUUCGGUGAACACUCCUGGAAGUAACCCUAGCAUGAUUUCGAGUCCGUUUCAAGCAAGUUCGUCUCUUUUUGCUUCAGAUUGUGGUGACUCAAGUGGUGGAAACGGCGAUUUACUCGAUGAGCAGCAACUUGGAAACUACUUGUCUUUCCUCAACGAAUCUUCUUCCAAGAACAACAACGACGAUGCAGAUCCGUUCGGGUUCUCCGCCGACAAUGGCGAUGCCCAUUUGCACAAGAGGAGUUACUCAGCCAAUGAUGCUUGUUUCGGCUCAGAGGAACCUGGAUUUGGCGGUGGUGGUUAUAGUAGGUUCCUACACGGUGGAUUAGGUGAUGAUUUCGAUUCUCCCGGCGGUUUUGGCUCGCCUGAUUACGUUUCUAGACAGCAAGAGGAGAUAGCGAGGAUGAAAUUGGCUCAGAGGCAGCGAAUGGCCGCUGCUCAGUACUUGGCUGGUGGUGGCUCUCCAAUGUCGUAUGACAAAGGCAUCAAUUUCCUCUUGAAUCAGCGUAAUGCGCUUAGAUCAGGACGAGCAGGGCAAUUUGGCGAAGAGGGUUACUGGUUCAGUAGUCCAGGCCGGCACGAAAGGGAGGAGUUUUUGGGGAUGGGAGAUAAAUCUAACUCUGCGUCUAAACAGAUUUACUUGACAUUUCCAGCUGACAGCUCCUUCACUGAUGAAGAUGUCUCCAAUUAUUUUGGGAAUUUUGGACCAGUGCAAGAUGUUAGGAUUCCAUACCAGCAGAAACGAAUGUUUGGUCCAUCUGGAAUGGAUCUCUUUGAUUGUCACAUCGUUAUUUGCACUUUGACCAGUCUUGUUUUGUUUGCUACUACAGCACCAAGGAUGUAUUCUAACACACAGGAGAUGCUGAGGAGAAAAGCUGAGCAAGCUGAGCUGCAACAAGCGCUAGAAUUCCAAAGGAGAAGAUUUCUGAAUCUGCAGUUGCCCGACAUGGAUAGUGAGUCUUUUCACCAUCACCAGCGUAGUCUCUCUAUUGGCUCCCCCGUUCAUUAUCCCUCUCGUGCCAAUCAAAGUAUGCUCUUUCGAUCAGAAAACGGCGGUGAAGAAGUUAUAGAAGGUAACGGUGAUUCAGGAUAUUUUCAGUCUGAAGCAAACCGAGCUUUUCUGAGUGGUACCGAUCCUAACAACAGCCAAGAACAUGAUUACAGUAACCAUCUCAACAGAGGGCAAGAGACAAGUCUGGAUAACAUUCUGCCUGAUAGCUUCUUUGCGUCCCCAUCAAAGUUCGGUGAUGCCCAACAGCCCGAGUCUGAGAAAGAGAACUGUGCUACACUCUCUCUUACUGCGGAAAAUAAUUCAGCCUCAACACUUCAAUCAGCAUAG